GUUGCCCUGGCAGCUGUUAGCCCGCCAACAUGUUUUGCUGACGUGAAGCAAAACAACAACAAAAAACACUACUUGGCUUGCAGAAAUACUUUUGAAAGAGAUGAAGUUUGGAUCUUGGUGGGUGACGCCGGAGCUGCAUUACAAGCCGAGAUGAGUCUCGCACUGAUCCACGACAGGCAACACAUCAAGACCUUCUGGGAGAACUGGAUCCAUGUCCAUGACCAGCACGCCACCGGCGAGGAGCAGAGGAGGAACGCCAGCGCCCUCCACAAGCUGCGAGGGGAGUGGCUAACACGCCUGGAGAAGCGCAACACGCACCUGAAGGACCUGAAGGACCUGAAUGACCUGAAGGACCUGAAGGAGCUGAAAGACCUGAAGGAGCCUCUGGUCCACCAGAUCAAGCUUUAACUAAAGAAAUGUUCCGCCGUCGGCGUUCCUCCCACAACUCUUCCCAUUUCCUCAUUGGCCUCUGGUCAAGAAGUGCUCCUUCACAAUAAAAGCGUCUCAGGA